AACUCGGACCGUGUGAGUGAUUGCCGUAAGGUGUAGUCGCGCGCGUGUUAGAGUUUCCCUUGUGUGUACAACCUUUUGCACGUUGUCGUGCGUCGUGCGUGAAUGUGAAACCACAGACACACACUCACGCGCAGCGAAAUAAAAAAAAGAAAUUAAACAACAACAAGUAAUACAAAAUAACUAGUGAAUUUUUGUGUGUAAAAGUGGUGCAAUACUUAAGGCUUUCUAAUAUAAAGGCAGUCGCAGUUCAUUCGUUAAUCUCUUUAGUGGUUGUGUGAGUGUGUGUGUGUUACUUAUAUUGUGCAAAAGAUAAAAAAGGUGUAUAAUAUAUAGCUGUUAUUUAAAAAUUGUGCCACAGCAGCGUCAUUGUGCCGCAUUGUUAUACUAAUCUUGCCAGUGUAUCGUGCUUCUACUUGGAAGAAAAGCAAGCUCCCCGUUCUCUACACUCUACACUCGUUAAAACGUUGCAGUUACGCAUAGGCGGCUAGUGAGCAAAGUUACAAUUCCGAUUUUACCCUUAACACACCCCCCUUCCCACCCUAUACAUUCCUUCCCAGGCGGUGUGAUACAGUGGGCCGAAGAAGAUGGCCCAAUUUGUGACACACAUCCAGCCGACGCUGAUCGAAGCGUCCCAGGGGCAUGUGCCGCACCAUCACGGGCACCAGGUAGGGGUGCCGCACACGUCCCAUCUGCCGCACAGUGGGCACAACAUGCCGUCGCCCCCGACCCACCACGGCCACAGCCACGGGCAUGUGCACGGCCAUCACCAUCAUGGGCAGGGCGGGUCGCUCGUCCACAGCGCCAGCCGGGACAUGUCGAAUGCGAAGGGUUCGGGCGGCCACAAGGCACCGACGCAUCUGCCCCUGUCGCCCAAAGCGGACGACCAGCACCAUCAUCAGCCGCACUAUCAGCACGUGGAGGGAUACUAUCAGCACGCACCGAUGCAUUACUACCAGCAGCAGCAGCACCAUCACGGGCAUAGUCAUGGACAUCAUCAUUCCGGCUCUGAUGGAAACACAUCGUUCUUGCGCGCUGCAAGAGCAGGCAACCUGGAGAAAGUGUUGGAACACUUAAAAAAUAAUAUUGACAUUAAUACUUGCAAUGCGAAUGGCUUGAACGCGCUGCAUCUUGCGUCGAAGGAUGGGCACGUUGCCGUGGUGACGGAACUGUUGGCCCGCGGGGCCACGGUCGAUGCCGCCACGAAGAAGGGCAAUACCGCGCUGCACAUCGCUUCGCUCGCCGGCCAGGAGGACGUGGUGAAGCUGCUGAUCAAGCACAACGCUUCGGUGAACGUGCAGUCGCAGAAUGGCUUCACGCCGCUGUACAUGGCAGCGCAGGAAAACCACGACUCGGUCGUCCGGCUGCUCCUGUCGAACGGUGCCAACCAGAGCCUGGCAACCGAGGACGGCUUCACGCCGCUGGCCGUCGCCAUGCAGCAGGGGCACGAUAAGGUGGUGGCCGUGCUGCUGGAAAGCGACACCAGGGGCAAGGUGCGCCUGCCCGCGCUGCACAUUGCCGCGAAGAAGGACGACGUGAAGGCGGCAACAUUGCUACUAGAGAAUGAUCAUAACCCUGACGUAACGUCCAAGUCAGGCUUUACGCCACUGCACAUCGCGUCGCACUACGGCAACGAGGCGAUGGCCAAUCUGCUCAUCCAGAAGGGGGCGGAUGUGAACUACGCCGCCAAGCAUAACAUUAGCCCGCUGCACGUCGCCGCCAAGUGGGGCAAAACUAACAUGGUCGCGCUGCUGCUCGAGAAGGGCGCCAGCAUCGAGAGCAAGACGCGCGACGGCCUGACGCCGCUGCACUGUGCCGCCCGGUCCGGGCACGAGCAGGUGGUCGACAUGCUGCUCGAGCGGGGCGCCCCGAUCAGCUCGAAGACGAAGAACGGCCUGGCGCCGCUGCACAUGGCCGCCCAGGGGGAGCACGUGGACGCGGCCCGCAUCCUGCUGUACCACCGGGCGCCCGUCGACGAGGUGACGGUCGACUAUCUGACCGCCCUGCACGUCGCCGCCCACUGCGGGCACGUGCGCGUGGCCAAGCUGCUGCUCGACCGGAACGCGGACGCGAACGCGCGCGCCCUGAACGGGUUCACGCCGCUCCACAUUGCCUGCAAGAAGAACCGCAUCAAGGUGGUGGAGCUGCUGCUGAAGCACGGCGCCAGCAUUAGCGCCACGACCGAGAGCGGGCUGACGCCGCUGCACGUCGCCUCGUUCAUGGGCUGCAUGAACAUCGUCAUCUAUCUGCUGCAGCACGACGCCAGCCCGGACGUGCCGACAGUGCGCGGCGAAACGCCGUUGCAUCUUGCGGCCAGAGCCAAUCAGACCGACAUUAUUCGCAUUUUGCUGCGCAACGGUGCGCAGGUGGAUGCGCGCGCCCGCGAACAGCAAACGCCGCUGCACAUUGCGUCGCGCCUCGGCAACGUCGACAUCGUGAUGCUGCUGCUCCAGCACGGUGCCCAGGUCGAUGCGGUCACCAAGGACAUGUAUACGGCACUGCACAUCGCGGCAAAGGAGGGCCAGGAUGAGGUUGCCGCCGUUUUGCUGAACAACGGGGCCCAGAUCGAUGCGACCACCAAGAAGGGCUUCACGCCGCUGCACCUGACCGCCAAGUACGGCCACAUGAAGGUGGCCGAGCUGCUGCUAGAGAAGAGCGCACCGGUGGAUGCGCAGGGCAAGAACGGCGUCACGCCGCUGCACGUCGCCAGCCACUACGACCACCAGAACGUGGCCAUGCUGCUGCUGGAGAAGGGGGCGAGCCCGCACGCCACCGCCAAGAACGGGCACACGCCGCUGCACAUUGCGGCGCGCAAGAACCAGAUCGACAUCGCCAACACGCUGCUGAAGUACGAGGCGCAGGCGAAUGCGGAGAGCAAGGCCGGCUUCACGCCGCUGCACCUGAGCGCCCAGGAGGGCCACACCGAGAUGUCCGGGCUGCUGCUGGAGAGCAAGGCCAACCCGGACCACCAGGCGCGCAACGGGCUGACGCCGAUGCAUCUGUGCGCGCAGGAGGACCGGGUCAGCGUGGCCCAGGUGCUGGUCAAGCACGGGGCGAACCUGCAGGCCGCCACCAAGGCGGGCUACACGCCGCUGCACGUCGCGUCCCACUUCGGGCAGGCGAACAUGGUGCGCUACCUGAUCGAGCAGCAGGUCGAUGUCAACGCUUCCACCGGCAUCGGCUACACGCCACUGCAUCAAGCUUCGCAGCAAGGACACUGCCACAUUGUUAACAUUUUGCUGGAGAGCAACGCUGACCCUAACGCUAUUACAAAUAAUGGACAAACAUCGCUGAAGAUUGCACAAAAGCUGGGCUACAUUAGUGUGCUCGAUUCGCUGAAAUCGGUGACGGACGCGAAGGCCACGCCCGAUCAGCCGCCAUCGGAGGAGAAGUAUCGCGUCGUCGCGCCGGAAGCGAUGCACGAAACAUUUAUGUCCGAUUCCGAAGAGGAAGGAGGUGAAGAUACAGUGCUGUCUGAUCAACCGUACCGCUACCUGACGGUCGAUGAGAUGAAGUCCCUCGGGGACGACUCGCUGCCGAUCGAUGUGACGCGCGACGAGCGAAUGGACUCUAACAAGAUGGUUCAGAGUACCGAUUCGCACCAGUUCCCGCCCACGGCGCUGGAGGAUUCGAUCAGCCCGCAGCACGCGUCGAUGGUACAGUCCGGCAUCUCGGCGACCGAUUUCACCGACAACAUCAACAUUGAGCGCCAUUCGCACGUAGGCAAGCUUCACUGGAAGAACUUCCUGGUUUCCUUCCUGGUCGAUGCGCGCGGCGGUGCCAUGCGGGGCUGCCGCCACAGUGGCGUGCGCAUCAUCGUACCGGCCCGGUCGGCCGCACAGCCCACGCGCAUCACGUGCCGCUACGUGAAGCCACAGCGCACCAUGCAUCCGCCGCCGCUGAUGGAGGGCGAGGCGCUGGCGAGCCGCGUGCUCGAGCUCGGCCCGGUCGGGGCGAAGUUCUUGGGCCCGGUCAUCAUGGAGGUGCCCCACUUCGCCUCGCUGCGCGGCAAGGAGCGCGAAAUCGUUAUCCUGCGCUCCGACAAUGGGGAGACUUGGCGCGAGCACAACAUCGACAUGUCGGACGAGAUCAUCCACGACGUGCUGAACGAAUGCUUCGAACCCGAAGAGCUGGCCCAGCUGGACGAGCUCGGCGGUGGACGCAUCUGUCGCUUCGUGACGUACGACUUCCCGCAGUACUUCGCGGUGAUUUCGCGCAUCCGCCAGGAGGUGCACGCGAUCGGACCGGAGGGCGGCAUGGUGUCGAGCACGGUGGUGCCGCAGGUGCAGGCCGUUUUCCCGCAGGGCGCGCUGACGAAGAAGAUCAAAGUUGGGCUACAGGCUCAACCGAUCGAUCCGGACCUGACGGCGAAGCUGCUGGGCCGCGGGGUGGCCGUCUCGCCGGUCGUAACGGUGGAACCGAGGCGCCGUAAAUUCCACAAGGCAAUCACGCUGAGUAUGCCGGCACCGAGGGCCCACAGCCAGGGGAUGAUCAAUCAAUACUCUGGCAGCGCGCCCACCCUACGACUGUUGUGCUCCAUCACCGGUGUGUUUCGGAAAAGAUCUCUGAAAGGUGGUACGACCCGGGCCCAAUGGGAGGAUGUAACUGGAUCGACGCCGCUCACGUUCGUGAACGAUUGCGUAUCGUUCACGACCACCGUAUCGGCACGGUUCUGGCUGAUGGACUGUCGCAACAUAGCCGAUGCAACCAAGAUGGCAACCGAGCUGUACAAAGAAGCCAUACACGUACCGUUUAUGGCCAAGUUUGUCGUGUUCGCGAAGCGUACCGAUCCGCUAGAGGCGCGUCUCCGCGUCUUCUGCAUGACAGACGAUCGUGAGGACAAGACGCUCGAGCACCAGGAACAUUUUACCGAGGUGGCCAAGAGCCGCGACGUGGAGGUGCUGGAGGACAAGCCGCAGUACAUCGAGCUGGCCGGCAACCUCGUGCCGGUGACCAAGUCGGGCGAGCAGCUCGCCCUCCCGUUCAAGGCGUUCCGCGAGAACCGGCUGCCGUUCGCCGUGCGCGUCAAGGACCAGCACGCGGACAUCGUCGGCCGGACGCUGUUUAUGCGCGAGCCCAAGAUUGCCAAGGGUGAGCCGCCGCAGCAGCCGAUCUGCAUACUGAACAUCGUGCUGCCGGAAACGAUCAUACCGGAGCAGACGACCACGAUAACGGACUCGCACGAAAUUAUGCUACGCGUCGGGCGGGUGCGUGCUGUCGUACCACCGCGCCAGCUCGUCGACGACCAGAACUAUCUGGGCGAGUUGCGCAUCGUCGACAUUUCCAACCUGCUCGGCGAGGACUGGAUCCGGCUCGCGCCAGAAAUCGGCGUGAGCGAGACGGACGUGGAGAAUAUUGUCGCGCAGAUACCGGCCAGCACGGCCCAGCAGGCGCAGGCCAUGCUGAAGCAGUUCCAGUCGAAACCGAACAAUGACUUUAACAUACUCGAGAACGGGCUGCGCACCAUCCACCGGGACGAUAUCGUGGAGCGGUGCAUACGCAGUGCGACCACCACCGGCACCACCACCACCGUUACGAUGCGCAACAAGACCUCCUUCUCGAUCGGCAAGCGCAGUGUCGAGGCGGUGGAGCUGCUCUCCGAAACGGAUUCCAUUGCAAAGAUGGCACAAAAAGAAGAUCGCCUCUCGAAACAGGAAUCUACGAAGUAUUCGGCAGAGGAGAAAACCGUCGAAGAGUCGGAAGAAUCGGAGGAGGAGAUGGUGAAGAAAACGGUGGCGGAGCGGCGGAAGCAGAUCGAGAAGCGCCUGUCAGCGGACCGUUCCAUACCGGCCUCGACGCAGAAGCGCGAGAUCGUGGAGGAGAUCAUCACCAUCAAGCGGCAGAGCGUUAUCGACGAUACGCGCGCCAAGCACGAGGAAGAGAUACUGCUCCAGAAACCAAUCGACAACACGUACAAGUCGUCCACCAUGCCCGAGCCGGUGGUGAAGCUAAAAACGACCGUCGUCAAGGAUGGACCGGGCGUGCGGAAGGACGAGUUCGAACAGGAGCUGCAGGACAAGUUUAAGGUGACGCUGAAGAACGUGGAAGAGUUCGAGCACCGGUCGGAGGUGCUGGAGCAGCUGGCCACGGAAGCAACCUCGGUCUCCGCAUCGUCGCCGCGCGUCGUCGAGGAGAUCAAGAAGAAGGUGGAGGAGCGUGUCCCAGCCGCGCUGGACGAGCCGACGGAGCCAGCGGAGCAGCAGCCGGUUGAGAGUGCCGUGCCGCCGGUGCCGAAAGAGCGUGCCCCGGUGCCGGCAAAGCGCACCAGUCUCACCAAGGAACCGGAAGAGUUCCAGGGCGUCGUGGAGGAAUCGAUCAAGGACGUGAAGCAACGCAUCAGCUCGUUCGAGACGAAGUCCAAGACGGAAUCGCUCGUGGACAGCAAGCAGUCGUCGGUGGACACGACCAGCGGGCGUGACUCGUGGAGCGACGAUCAUCGGCAGGCGAGCAAGCGCACCGACUCGGAGCAAAUCUCGGAGGACUCCGAGCAGGAACCGUUGCUCCGCAGGGACGAGCAUUUCAGCGUCCAGCGCACGGUUGGCGAAUCGUCCGUGGUAACGACAACGCAACAGGCGUUCACCACCGUCGAACAGCUGGAACGACACGAUGUGUCGCAUGCCGUCGAGGAGAAGAGGGAAAGUUUGCUGGAAGCUUUCGGCGCUACCGACGCCGGUCCGGCACAGUGGAAGGAGCCGGACUCAGAACCGUCAUCGCUUUCGGAGGCCACCGGCAGUAGCACCUCCAGGCGGGAGGAAAGCAUCUCCCAGCACUUCAAGUCGGAAACGGUCAGCAAGGUGGAGGAAACGGUCACCAAGAUGUCCACCACGGUGGAAACGAAAACGGUGGCCGGCCUGCCGGAAGGCCUUGACGCGUUCACCCUCGGCAAGGGCGAUGAGACGAUCGUGCGCGAAGAGUUUGUGGCGCGCAGUGCCGAGAGCAGCAGCAUCGUCGACCGCACGGUGGAGUCGGUGGUGCGCGAGGUGCGCGACCAGGAGCCAGCCGUCGAGAAGCGGGACAUGCACCGCGAGGUGAAGGAAACGGCCGACAAGAUGGCCGCCCUGAGCAGCGUAGAAACGGUACAGAUCGGCGAGGGGACCGCCCCGCAAGUGUCCACCGCCGCGGCGUACACCGUCGAGCGGUUCGAGGGGCUGCAGUCGGAGGUGGUCAGCCAGGAUGCGGCCGGUAUGGUGGCGGAGCGAACUGGUACGGCCGUGAGCAGCGUCGAAACCGGCGUUAGCCAGGGCGAGGACACGGUCAGCGAGAAGAUUGUCGAGCGGGAGGAAGAGGUGCGCCGCCGGGUCGAGGAGAACGUGUCGAUCGACAAGCCGGUGGUGCAGGAGACGGUGGCGCGCACGGUUACGCAGGAAGUUACCUCCAAAAUUCCGGUGCCGUCGAAGAAAAGCUCACCGGAAGCAAAGGACCAACCGCCCAUGCCGGCCGCCCAGCCAACGGACGGUGAACCGUCGGCGGUCGAUCGGAUGGAAGCCGCAGACCAACCGAAACAGACAAUCGAGCAGCAACAGGCAGAGCUGUCGUCCCGGGCGGAGGAGAUGAUCGAGACAGUGGUGGAGCAUGCCGAGUCGGUCGCUUCCAGGAUUCCACGCUUCGGCACGACCAAGCCGGCCGCCCCGCAGCCGGAAGCAGUGGUGGCGGCAAAGUCGCCCGGACCGGACACCUCCAGCCUGUCGAAGAUUCCGGUCCUGAAGGAUCGCAAGGUGUCGGAGCAGUUUUCGAGCGAUUCGUGCGAAACCGUCAUCGUGCAGCGGUCGGUCGAGGAGCUGCAGCCGCACGCGGAACAGGUGACGGCCAGCGAGACGGUGCCGGACCGGGAGUACGAUGAGGAGAUCAUGUCUGCCACCGCGUACGGCAGCGAGCGCACCGUGACGGAAAUCAUUACCGAGGACCAUCGCGCUGUCACGCCGGACGAUUUCAUCGACGAGAUCAUCGACGAGGCGCAGGACAAGGUGCAGCGGCAGCUGCAGUCGGCCGAGGUUACCGUCGGCACGCUCGACCUAAGCCACUCGGAAGAAGAAUCGUUCGACAAAUCCGCCUACCCGAUGCAGGAGUACAUCUCGAGGCCGGGAGGCGGCAGCGGUUUCGAUGCUAAUGCUACCAUCGAAGACGACGACGAAGACGAGGAGGCGGAGCGGGAGCGGGAGAAAUGGAAAGAUACGUACACCGAACACGACGAUGCAUUACCGACGUCGACCAGAAGCGAAGGCGAGGAUGAUGGGUAUCUAGUGCUGGUACGGUCGGAGGCAGGCCGGCUGGUCGACGACGUGCUGGAGCAGAGCGUAUCGAUCGUCAGCAGCUCGCAGGGCCCGGGCCCGAUGACGAUCGAUCGAGAUCUGCAGCAACCGUCCGAAAGCGAACAGUACGCGAUCCGUAGCGACAUCCUGUCGUCUACCGAUGGCGAUCUGGUCGUCAAGUCGCCCACCAUCGAGUCCAUGUCCGGCAAAUCGUUCGAUGACAAUAUGAGCAAUCCCGAGUACGAUGCGCUGUUGCUCGGUACCGCCGGCGGGCAGCCGAUGAGCCGGGCACUCGGUGCGGACGAUAACGCCGCCGAGGAUGAGGGCAGCGAUGCAAAGCUGACUGCCGAUGGCACUGGUGCGCUCGCCACUGCCACGAAAGACCAGGCGGCCGAGUCCGCCCGGCGGGCGAAGAAAAUCGACCGCAAGUAUGCCCGCCUGUCGGCCGAUCUCGGACCGGAGGCGCUGCUCGAUAAGAACCAAGAGUACGACGAGGCGAUCUCGCAGAUCAAAGACGAAGUGUCGAUGCUGCAGAGCGAAUACUCCAAAAUGAGCUGGGACGAGAGCGUAUCCAUGACCACGGGCGAUUUCGGGUCCAGCACGCCCGACAACGAUCUGCAAGAAACAGAUUUGCAACUACAAACAGAAAAUAACAUACCCCAGACAACAACACCCCGCCUUGUGUCCCAAACAUUAGAGGCUGCUGCCCCGCCCGCUAGCGCUGUCUCUGACGCUUUUGUUAGCGGGCAGUGUGUUGCGAUUGCUGCAACAAGUGCUAGCAUCGUCACCACCACUGCUGCUAAUCUGCUAACCGACGCUAACGAUGUUGCCACCGCUGACCAAUGCUUCGCUGCUUCCGCUACCAGUGUCGAAAGGACGGAGCAAAGCGUCCUCUCCACCACGACUAGCACGAUCGGUUCCAUCAGCAACGCGGAACAGUCCUUCUCGAUCGCGUCCACCGAGCCGGACAGGCCGAGCGAAUCUUCCAGCAGCGGCGGCGGCGGCGGCUUCGACGGCCAGCCCGUACCGAAGCCCCGCACCAGCAUAUCCUCCCGCACGGAUACGGCCACCCGGUCCAGCCUGCUGGAGUCGUUCGAGCAUCAGGAUUCGAUCGAGCAGUAUCCCGAACCGGCCCCGGUCCAGUCGGCCGAGCAAGACCUCCGUCUCCGGCAAGGAUCGAUCACGUCCGACGAGCUGUCGAACGUGGCCCAGAAGGACUCGAGCGAGCUGGUCACCAGCGAGGAGGACAUUUCGAGCGGUGCCAAGUUCUUCAUCGGCGAGUGUAGCAGCGAUAUCAUCACCCGGUCCAGCACCGAGAAGCGGUCGGACUUUGCGUUCGACAACGAGGGCUACACGUUCUCGCAGGAGUCGCAGGGUACGGACGAUCAGGAGUCGCGGCGCGACGCGAUGGAAGCGUACCAGCAGCAGAUCAAGCUGGAGGAUGGCUUUACACUGGAUUCGCUCAAGGAGCUCGAUAUUGCUGGGUUGCAAUCGUCCGGCAAGCCGCCGGUGGUACAUUCGCCGGUAACAGCACCGGCAACUGUUCAGCCGUUUGCGGAGACCCAGUCCGUGAAGUCCCAGGUGCAUGUGGGCGAAGCGACCAUUCUCGAAUCGACCACCACCGAACAGCAGGAGCAGCAGCAGCAGCAGUACGCGCACAUGACGAUCGACGAGCUGACCAUUGCUAAAACGCUCGAAGAGGUGAAGGAAUCGCUGGACGCCGUGCAGGAAGAGCUAAUCGAGGCGGUCACGGACGGGACGCCGAUCAAGCAGUCGCCGUCGGAGUUUGAGUUCAAGAUUCUGCCCUCCACGCGCUACGUGCAGGAUCCGAUCUACGAAACCAACCAGGAGGAAGCGGUCGCCGUGUCGACGGCAACGGGCGCCGCCAUUACCACCACCACCAUCGUGAGCGAGAGCGGACUGUCCGAUUCGGAGACGCGUUCGGUGGCUGCUGCUGCUACAGCGCCUCCGAUCAAGAUCGACGAAGCGCCAACGGCCGCCGGUUCGUCCGACAGCUCGCAGCUGGAAGCGUCGCCCCGUUUGCGGCACGGUCCGGCUGCCGCCAAGGGUAACCGUUGGUCGGCAACGGAUGUGGACAGCUCGGGCGAAAGCCACUACCAAAGCUUCGAGCAUACGGACAGCAGCAGGCCGCUGUCGUCGGACCUGGAGCAGGUGCUGCCGUACGCUUCGUCCGAGUACGAAACGGCACUGGAUCACUCGAUGGUGCCGACCUCGCUCGGCACGGAGUAUCACAGUGCGGUCAGCACGCUGCACUCCUACGCGGUCAGCUCGCACGACAGCAUGAAGAGCUUCGACUCGGAAAGCUCGGGCAAUCUGGCCAGCAUCGAAUCGGAGGCGACGGAAACGCUCGUACCAUCCACGAUGGACGUCGACUUUGACUCGUCCGAUGCGGCCCUCAUUCACGACGAUUCCGAGGACGAUCUGCGCGACAAGCUGCUGCUGCUGGACGACAAGGAGGAGCCGUCGUCCGCCGCGUCCAGCAGCGUGCCGAUAGCGAUGAAGCGCUCGCACGAGAUGGACUUUGCCGAGCUGAAGGGUGAGACCGUGGCCGACGAGAGUCUGCUCCAGUUUGGCGAGCAGCGCAGCCACGGCGUGGAGUCGGUGUCGUCCUCGUUCCAGGAGGAGAAGCUGCUCAGCUCGAGCAUCGGCACGGCACGGGAUUUGGUGGAGGCGAUGCAGGCGACUAGCCUGGAGGACGUGAAGACGGAACCGGCGGACGAUGGCAAGCUGGGCACGAGCCUGGAAGACGGUAGCAUACUGUCGAUCAGCCUGUCCAGUGCGUCCAAUCUGGAAACCAUCAUGGAAAACCUGUCGGACAAGACAACGUCCAUCGGGCCGGUUCCGACGCACGUGGAGAUUGGGCUGGACGCGGUGACGCCUACGACCGCCGGUACGACUGCCGGCUACAUCGGCGACAUUACACUCACCUCGACCACGCUCAAGGAGGGAGACGUUAACUUCCUCAACACACAGGCGACCACCGAGAUGAUUGAGGUUAGCGAGUCGGCCGAGCUGAUCGCCGGCCGGGAGGACAGCGAAGAGACGGUGCGCAAGCGGGGCCACAAGCGCACCGAAAGUACCGCCAUCAUUUCCGGCAAGUUUAUGGCGGAAAUGGGCGAGAACCGCGACUCGAUCGAGUCGCAGGACGAGUCGCUGUCGCAGGACGCCCCCAAACCACCGGCCACCAGCUCGGAGCGGGACGAAACGCGGGACGAAUCGUCCGACUCCGACUACGACCGGUACGAGAGCGAGUACGCCCGUUCGUUCCGGGCGCCGGUAGCGCAGCCGAAGAAGAAGGACAAAAAGGCGGGCGACGUGUUCGAGAAGGACUUUGAGCUGGAUCGGCGCAACUCGUUCUCGCCGUCCCAGUCGGUGAUCGAAACGAUCGUCGAGGAUGUGCACGCCGAGAUCGAGCAGGGUGACGAGGCGCAGCAGAUCAUGGUGAGCAAGAGCCAGCGGCUGCAGGAGUACCGCGAGUCGUCCACGCACAACAUACCGGACAUUCACGUGACGGAAGACUUUGCCGAGCAGCAGCAGCAGCAGUCAUCGGAUGGCGAGGAAGAAGCGAAACGAGAAGCGACAGUCUUCUCCGAGACGGUAAGCGUGGUGGAGACUGUGACCAAGACGCAAGCCGACGCAACGGUGUCGUCCUCAGCGACCACCGUAAGGAAAGUUGCGACCGAGACUGCGUCCACGUCCGCCGGCAUGACGAUGGCAAAGCAGACGGGCAUCCAGUACGCCAAGCAGGAGGAAUUUCAGCUCACCGAAGAACAGUACCAGGAGCUGAUCGAGCAGAAGUACAAGGCAAAGCUGGCCGACUCGACCACCAAGUACGCGUUCGAUGCGGACGAUAAGGACGAUUCGGCCGGCUCGGACUCGUUCGAGAUGCUGGAGCAGCCGGACAUUUCGGACGAGUUCGUGAUCGUGGAGGAGGUCGCCCGGGAGGCGCACGAGUUCGACGCGGAGGGUAAAAGUGUCGCCAUCAAGCCCACCAAGAUCGAGAAAAAGCACGACGAAGACGUGGAGAAGAUACUGGUCAAGUCGGCACCGGCCCACACGAACGCCGGCUCACUGUACGCGGCGAACAUGCGCGACGACAUGAUGUACGAGUUCGAGGAAAGCCCACCGACCGGUGGUGCCGAGGGCGUCGACGGAGGUGCCGGCGUCACGAUGGACCUGCUCAACAACGGGUACCCGCUGGAGGAGAGCAAGCGGUGGGUGGAGAUGCAGCUGGCAGAAACGCAAAACUUCCGCUACCCGUACGAGGACCGGCUGGAGGACAUCAAGGAGGAGGACACCGACUUCGAGGUGGGCAGCAGCCGCAUCGGCUCGAUCAAGGACUCGUUCUCCAGCACGCCCGACUACGAUCUGCUGGCGAAGCGGAUGGCGUCCCGCGAGCACGAUGACAUUUCCAUGAGCAGCCUGCAGGAGUUUGAGAAUCUCGAGCACGUGAUCUCGCUGGAAAACCGCAAGAUGCAGCAGGGCUCGCAGGACUCGCUCAGCAACGGUAGCUUCACGCGCCGGUUCAUGCAGCGCGGCAUGCACGGGGACGACAUCAGUCUGUCCAGUCUGAAGGAGUUCGAGGGGCUGGAGAACGCCUGUCUGGAGGCGCAUCUGAUCGAGAUAAAGGCAAAGGAGGAGGCCGCCCUGCUGCUGUCGCGCUCGGACGAAUCGAACAAGUCGAACGGGUCGAACGGUGCCAAACGAAGUCCACCGUCGAACGGGGCCGCUGCGGUCGGUUCGCGCCAGCAGUCUACAGAGGGUGCGGCAGCGACCAAAAUCAUCAGCAGCAGCACUUCCAUCACCACUACGGUAGUUGGUGGAGCCGUCGGGUCGAGUGUACCCAGUGGGGAAAUGACGAAGGUGGAAAGGAAGAUCACGACGUCAAGCGGCAGUAGUCGCGAAGGGUCUUCAACGACGACUGUCACGACGAUUACGCACGUGGAGGGUCAGACGCGGCAGGGCUUGGACGAGGAGGACUCCACCUCGCACCACAUUCUGACCGUGUCCAGCGACAGUCUGGACGGUACGCGUGUGAAGCAACCGCUGGCCAGUGGUAGGGAUGCACUGCCGUCGGCACACUCGAGCAGCGACAGCCUGGACAUGCACAGCAAGAACAAUGUGGACCCGAUGACGAGCAGCAUCGAUUCGAUCGAGUUCUCCAAGACGGGCAUUGCGACGACGCGCUCCUCGCAGUCCGAUUCGAUCGAGCAGAUGGCACAGCAGCAGCAGCAGCCCAACCGCAGCGACAGUACCGACUCGAUCGAGGCCCAGCAGCAGCUCCAACAGCAGCAGAAGCUCCAGCACCAUCAGACGUACCAUCAGACCACCACGCAGCAGACGCUGAGCGACACGAAGCGAGACUCGCUGGAAUCACUGGCCGCCAGCAGCAGCGACAAUCAGAGCGGAUUCAGCAGUCCCACCAAGUCUGCCCACGGCUCUCGACCACUGUCGGACAGUGGAGUUGGAGCAAGCGGUACAACCGCUCAUCAGCAGCAGCAGCAGUUCCACCACCAAACAACGACGAUGUCCACGCACACGGUCAGCACCGGUGGGCGCACGAUGCAGAAGGACAUAUCGGCCGACUCACUGACCGGACCGGACGCAGCAUUCCUCACCAGCACCGAAAGCCUCGAAACGAGCUCAACGGCCACGAACGCCACCUACCAGAACGAGACGGACUCGCAGAUGUCGUCCAGCGUGACGAGCUGCGACUCCAUCACGAUGGUCGACACGGUAGGGCCUUCGCAAUCGCUCGAACACUGGGACAGCUCGUUUACGGCCGGCGUUCAUGGUGGUGGGUUCGGUGCCAGCUCCCUCAUGACCAGCUCCUCGAUGAGUGCCUACUCCUCCGGUGUAGUUGGCAGCAGCGGUGGCACCACAAUCCAGCAACAGCAGCAGCAGCAGCAACACGCAUUCCGUACUUCGCAUGCGGAAGCAUCAUCCUCCAUCCGCAUGUCGUCGUCGUCGACGUCGUCAUCGUCCACGGUGACGAUGGUGGCGAGUUCGGCGUCGUCAACCAGUGUUCGCACGGCGCAACAGCAGCUGAUGGGGGAAAGUGAACUAUUAAGUAGAGAACUGUUUCCAGGAGAAAUAGCUUUCGACGAUGUAAAGGAAACCAGCAAGGAACGGAUGCAAAGUAAAUCAACCGAAAAGGAGGAGUAAAUGUUGACGCCAACAAAAAAAAAACAUGUGCUGAACAUCGUUGGAGCAUAAACGGUCGACAAGCGAGUUGAUGGUGGCACGCAGCAAGACAGAGCCGCAUAGUGGGUUGUGCCGCAAGCAGUGUGGAUUUCCCGCCAUUUUACCACAUUCUUCUCUACUCUACUUCUCUACGUACAGCCAAACCUUUUCAAACCCUUUAAACUUACAAACGCGCGUUAAAUCUUAAACACAACCAGGGACACGGGGGAAUGGAGAAUGGGAAGAAAGUUCCCUUCCAGGUCGAUUGCUAUAGCUAUUGGUAGCCUUUUAACACAUGACGAUGAUCAACACACAGAAAAGGAAGGAUCGCAGACGAAACGGAGGUGUUUUUUUUUAAAGGAAGAAUUACGUAGCAAAAAGGGGGGGGGGAAACAACCAAAGAAGCGUAGCUCAGUUCGAAACAUAUUCAGUUCCGCAUUCAAUGAACUAAACUCUAAGCAAGUAAGUUCUCUCUUUCACGCACUAUAUUCUAAACAAUUGCAUUCCAAGAAAAUGCUUUACACAAAACGAUGAUGACCAUUGACCGCUAAUGAGAAUAAACGCGAUGUAGGGUAAAUAUGAUGCAAAUCUGAGCGAUGGCCGAGUGAUGGUCACGCGCGGCAAUGUGUAUAGUGUGUAAUGUGAGCUUUAUUGUAGCAUUGUUAGCUUCCUACUUUUGCGUCGACGCAGGCUCCGCUUAUUUAUUAUCGUGCAUUGAUAUCGCAAAUUCCAAAAACAAACCCUAAGUCGCCUAAUCCUCGUCGACGGUGUGACUUUAAUGCUAAGCUUCAAGCGUCUUUUAAGCCGACUACUUGUGUGAGCAGCUUCUCCUUUGUGUGCAGCUUCUAUUUCAAGGCGAAUCUGUAUGUGUGUGGGAGUUUGUGGAGUGCGAGGUGUGUUCAUGCUUACGUUUGCUUUCGUACUACCGCUUAGGACUGACCAGUAAGGAGGAUUACACAAGUUGAUAAAAUGAAUAAAAACACACACACACACACAGGAGAACAAGAUUCAAAGACCCAUUAGAGAUGACUCGUGCAGCCGGAUAGGUUUUAGUGCUGGGCAAUAGUGUAGCAACAGGGGUCCCAGACAGUCAGCGAUAGAGGCGUUAGAGACGGUGGAAACGAUCGAAAAAAAAAAAACUACGAAAGGAGGAAGUAUAUUUGAGAAUCUUUUUUUAAACAAACAAACCAAACGAUAUUGCUAAAGAACAGAAGAAAAAAAAACAGAACACUGUUGCAAGUAAUAGCAUGUUAUAGCUAAAAUAUACAUUUACUGAUCAAAUCAAACGUAUAAAAACAAAACAACCUUAUAUAUACACUACAGAGCGGGCUUGCUGCGAAAUAAGAGAGAAAAUGAAAAAAAGAAAACUCCCUUUCCGAAAGACUAGAAAGAAAAAUCACCAAAACCGAUGGAAAAAAGCUGCAUUGAAUCGACGAAAGCACGACGAAGCGAAGUGAUUAGUACAGCAGCAGAACAAAAAAAGGAUAUUUUACCAAACGGGCAAACCCACUUGCAUAAUAAUACAAUUUGAAGAUAAGAACAGAAUAGAGUUAAAAGAAAAAUGAGAAAACAAAACAAAAAAACAGCAGCAAAAAAGAGGAGGCACAUAAAACGAACAAAAUGAUAAAAUUCGUAGAAAAGGGCGGGAGAAAACGGUAAAGAAGAUAUCGGAAAGGGGGAGAAAAACUCACAUAAAUCGCUACCACGUGCUACCAAAACUAAUUAAACAAACAAAACAUAUUAUUAAUACAAAAACCAAAAACAAAACCCAAACACAGCAUACUUACAUGGAUGUACUAUUUGCAAACAACAACCAAAAAAAAAACUAUGAAGAAUAAAAGUGCUUAUGACAAACAUA